AUGAUAAAACUUCAAGCGCCAAUGAAAACAUUUGGCAUUUGGUCGAUUCCAUUGACGCACCGCAUCGCAUCAUUGCCAACAGCAAAAUUCGAUACAUUAAAACAUUUCUCAGCAAGAAAUAUUGACGAGUUGAUCGCAAAUGAAAAAAUAUCAAAAUCAAUACUUGAAGCAUUAUAUCAACUUUUUGUGCCAUUGAGAAUUGAAAAUAGCGUGGAAAAUCAAAUAAAUACGGAAAAGCACGAAAAUUCAGUGACUGAUGACAGCAGUUUAUCUACAUCAGCUUUUCAACGACACAUUCACAAACACAGAGAGAAAGAAAAUUGUUUGUUGCCCUUUCAAGCGAAUAAUUUAAAAUUCUUUAAGCUGAACUUAUGUCGAUGUAAACAUAAUGAUUCACAACUAAUUUCUGGAGAAGAUUUAAUCAGCUUUUUAUAA